GCGCUGGGGCGAGUUGAGUCGUGCAACCGUCUCUCCCGUUGCGGUCAAGCCACCAGCAAUCUCACUGAGUUCUCGGGCGCCACAUGGCUUUGCGUUGCAGUGCGGUCAGGGGCUGCGAGGGCAAGCGGUAUGCUGCACCGUCAUCAAGCGGCGGGCACUAUCACCACCCAUUCCUCUGCUGCAGUUACAUCAGUCCUAAUCUUCAAGACUGAAGCAAGGAUGGGCUGCGGCAGCUUGCAAGACUUGGCACCAUUAUCACAAGUCCUAAAAUAAAAGCUAAACAUGCCAUUGCGACUUCGGACUUUUCUGCCUCGCCUCGCAGACCCCCAGGUGGUCUCACCUUUUGCAGAAAUGUAACCACAAUGCUGCCAAGUUCUGACUCCUGGAUUAAAGGAGAGAAAGUCCGUGUGUGUGCCCGGUACUAGAGGACAGCGUGGACCCCGCUUGCUUUCUCUGCUGGGGUUUAACCCCCGGCAGCAUCCCCUUUCCAUUUUGUUUUUCCUUCCUCAAUCAGUGCUGCUUGCACCGGUCAGCGGCCAUGUCGAAGGCGGCGGUGAGUGCGGACGGCGCUGGGGAGGACCUCUCCAAGGUCUCCGACGAAGAGCUGCUCAAGUGCAGCAAGGAGGAGCUGAUCCGGAGGCUACGAAGAGCCGAGGCCGACAAGAUGAGCGUCAUGCUUGACCACAGCAACCUCAUCCGGGAUGUGAAUCGUAGGUUACAACUCCAUCUCACCGAAAUCAGGGGCCUCAAGGACAUUAAUCAAAAACUGCAAGAAGAUAACCAGGAGCUGCGGGAUUUGUGUUGCUUUUUAGAUGAUGACAGGCAAAAAGGGAAGAAGAUCUCUCGGGAGUGGCAGAGACUAGGCAAAUACAGUGCUGGAGUCAUGCGCAGGGAUGUUGCUUUGUAUUUGCAGAAGCUAAAGGAGUUAGAGAUGAGACAGGAUGAAGUAGUCAGAGAGAACAUGGAUCUAAAGGAGCUGUGCAUCAUGCUGGAUGAAGAAAGAGCUACUGCAGGUGGAAGUCGGAGCUCCAUUGAUAGUCAGAGCAGUCUCACACAGUUGUCAGCUGCAGCUGGUCCCCUAAUGAGAGAUGUAGGGGAUGGAAGUAGCACAUCUAGUGCUGGGAGUACAGGCAGUCCUGAUCACCAGAAGCACAUUUCCAGCAGUAGCCCUGAGCACCUUCAAAAACCAAGAGCUGAAGGCAAUCAGGAGCAGGUAAAACACAGCAGUGCAAGUCCAGAACAUCUCCAAAAGCACAAGCGCUCAGCAAGUCCUGAUCCUCAAAAGCACCUCAGAGGAACAAGCCCAGAACAUCACAAGUGCUUUGGAAAAGGAAGCCCAGAGCACCAUAGGCACAGAAGCAGUAGCCCAGAGGGUCUUCAAAAGCAUAUCAUGAGUACCAGCAGCCCAGAGCAUUUUCAAAAACAGGUGGCUGGCAGUAGCCCUGAGCAUCAGAAGCACAUUAACAGCAGCCCAGAGCACAACCAAAAGCACACAUUUACUGGUAGUAUGGAACAUCUACAGAAAGCAAGGGGUAAUAGUCCUGAAACACUGAAGCAGAAUUACGGAGGUAAUCCAGAGCAUCUCAAACAUCUGGCUGGAAGCAGCAGGGAGGGAACUUUGAAGAGACAAGGAACAGAGGAUGUAUCACCUCAUCACAGGAGUUUAUAUAAUGGCAUGAAUGGAGGGUUGGUAGACCUACUGAAACCACAUUUACAAAAACUACAGACUCUCUGAAGUAGCAAAGAUAUUAAGUAAUCUCUACACUUAGAAAUUGUUUUAAUGUAUACAGAACAGGGUUUUUAACAGUCCAAGAGCUCAGUCAUUUUUGUGUCCCAAUAGUCUUGCAUGCUGCUUGGCUUAAUUUGUAACAGUUGGAAUCUAAUGGCAGACUGGCAUGGUAAGUUUUACAACAUUGGCUUGGUGUUUGCAUCUGCUUACUGUACUAAUGUGAAGAUAUGUCUUCAUGGCUGGUCUCUAUGUGCUGACCAGUUAAAGAUGACUGUGUAGUUCUCUGUAUAGUAAGUCUUAACUAGUGAGUCAAAGAUAGUGACUGAAAGCAUAUAUAUAUUGGCAGAUGGAGCUGAGUAUUCCUGGCACAUUUGGUAUAAAAUGUUAAGCACAAUAACAAAGUGUAGUACAACUCAAUGUUAUAUGUCUGUUAUUAUUCAUUUUUCUUUCCCAGUAUAAAAUUCUAAUUUUAUUUUCUGGACAUGUUUUUAUUUUCUUGCUUGCCAAACAAAUAUACAGCUCAAUUUCUUUCUCAUUAUUUACAUCCCAUAUGCUUUCUGUUUACAUAUUUUUUGUUUACAGACUAUUGAUAAGAAUACUUUUUGCCUUCUUUGUGUCACUGUGUUACAUUUUAGAUUAACUGCUUUUGUUGUUGCCGUUGUUUUUGUCUGGAAUUUGCAUUUUUAACUACUCUGUUUUUCAUGUAGUUGUCCCAUGUAUCUUCUGUACCGGCCUUUACAAUUCAUACACCUUUUAUGUGUUGUACCAUAGAAAGGCACUUUAAACUCUGUCAUGGUUAUGUCAGAGUUGGCCAGUCCAGUGACAGUGAAAAUGUCACUGGCUCCCUUUCAUCAUUAAUAGAUCUUCUAGAGCAGAAUAGCUCAGUCUGGGAUCUUUUAGAUUAAGAUUGUGCCUCCUGGUGUUAUUGUCUUACCUCCUAAGAAUGGUCACAAAAGUAGUACUGUAGACUUUAAAUAUGUGCACCUUAUAUUCCAGUCUUUACCACUGGUCAUUUUGCCAGUUGUGGCAUAUAUAUAUAUAUAUAUAUACAUACAUAUAGUCUCUACAGCUGUACUGUGCACCUUGCUACAAGGUGACAUACACCCACUUUUUAUUCACUGUAUUCUGUAUGCCCGAAUCAAUAGAAUAGUCAGACAUUCAUUUCUGAAAGCAGCAGAAUGUUUGAAGGAGUGUUGUGAGUUUAUACUUUAUUUCUGCUCCAUUUGAAUUUGAUUGUGAAAUUUAAAAUAAUGCUAUGAUUUCUUGCAAGUAAGCUUACACACUGUGUAACUGUGACAGGCCUGCAGUACACGUCUGAAUUCUCCUUUUCCAACCUGUAUCAGCAGACAAUUGUCAUAGAUACUUACUAUACCUGCUUGUGUUCUGUGAUGAUGUAGCAGCAAGAUUAUCCACAUUGUAAUCUCACCAGUAAAACUCAUUCCGAAACAGAAAGUCCUGUUAUUAAGUAGAAAAUGGAGAUGAUUAGUUCCAGGUGCUUAUUAAAGUUAUGCAUUUUGCAUCAUCCAGUACAUAAAGUUUAAUUGGAUUUGUUUUUUAAAUAAAAUGGCCAUGGCAGUUUUGUACUAGGCUUUGUGUGCAUUUAUGUGAUAGAACAGUGCUGAACAUUUGGACAUUUGUUUUUUCACAUGGUCAUUUAAAGUUCCGAAUGCUGAUUGUCAAAUAGAAAAUUAAAUUUCUUAUGAAGUGGUUUCAUAAAUGAGACUUUCAUGUAUAAAUAAAUGUUUCUGCAUCAUA